AUGUCUACUGCAAGAACAAAAUUAUUAUCGAUAAAAUUUUUUAUAAAUGAACCAGGAAAUGGUGAUAAUACAGUCUAUCGUUGGAUGGCACCAGUUGCAGUUCGACAUUUAGAAUGGGAUAAAGUAAUUAAAAAAUUACAUUUUGUAACGCAUAAGAAAUAUGGUGGAUUUGAAAUGACAUGGUAUGAUGGAUUUCAUCAUUGUGUGUUAACAAAUACAAAGGAUUUACGUAAGGCAGUAGAACAUAUGCAAAUUCGUGGAAUGGAUGAUAAUUGUGUACAUAUUCACGUGAAAGCAAUACCCGCAAUGUUUCAUCCGGAACCUAAUUCACAAUCGAAUGAUGAUUCACAAUUUUCUGGUCAAUAUUUACCUUGUUAUUUAGAGGCUAUCAAUCAUCAAUCCAUAAAUCGGAAUAGAUCAAGUGAAGGAAGAAAGAUGAUAUCAAAACAAGAUCCAGUUGUUAUACGACAGAAUAGAUCUUAA